GACACUGCACUCCAUAGCCUCCUCCGAACAGCAGCAAAACACGGCUGGCAGAGGUGUUUUUAUUGCCAUAGAGUUGUUGAAUUGAUCCAAGGGCGUUACCACAUGACAUGCCCCUGCGGCGCCGAGUUCUGCUAUAAAUGCGGCAAAAAAUGGAGAAGCUGCUUCUGCGUUCGAUGGGACGAGCACUUUAUACUACACCCAGUUGGCCGCGCUAACGAGGUUGCAGACCAACACGAUGACGAUGACGAUGAUGACGACGAUGAAGAUAAAGAUAAAGAUAAAGAUAAAGAUGAUGAAGACUAG